AUACAAACAAUUGCACAAGAAUCAGUCAUUCAGUAUUCCACAGCCUGUCCACAUUACAUCGAGACUUCUGGGACUAAAGCUGGUAUGCAAACCAUUGCACUGCUGGUAGUGUGGGUACUGGGAGCAUCACUGGCGUUGCCAGACCCAGACACAGCAGGAGAGAGGGUGGCCGAAGAUCCUAUUCCCUGCUCUAAGGCCUGCACCUGUCUGCAUGAUGAAUACAGCUUGGAGCUCAACAUGUACUGCAGUGCUUGCAACUUUACACAAGUACCAACUGAAAUGCCACCAUCCACUCAUUCUCUCUGGCUGGAUGGAAAUCUGUUUACCUCCCUCCCAGCAGCAUCUUUUAGGGAUCUAACCAAUCUGGACUUUUUGAAUCUGCAGAGUGGCCAGCUGAUAACCCUUGACCCACAGGCUUUCAAAGGCCUCAGGUCGUUAGCACACAUUCACCUUGAACGAAAUCGAAUCCGGAUGUUACCAGGUGCUAUUUUCCAGAAUACACCUAACCUAGCUUCACUUAGUCUGCAUAACAACCAGAUCAGUCGCAUCGAGGAAAGACUGUUUGCUGGGCUUUCACAUAUGUGGCUCUUAAACUUAGGAUGGAACUCAUUAGUGGUCUUACCAGAAACAGCUUUCCAUGAUCUGCAAGGUCUGCGAGAGCUUAUUCUUGCAGGAAACAGACUUGCUUAUUUACAGCCACAGCUCUUUCAAAACCUUGGUGAGCUUAAAGAGUUGGAUCUGACUGGGAAUUACCUCAAGGUAAUUAAAGCAAAUGUGUUUGUUAAACUCACUAAACUGCAAAAGCUUUAUCUGGCCCAGAAUCAGAUUACAACAGUGGCACCCAGAGCUUUUGUGGGAAUGAAGUCGCUGAGGUGGCUGGAUCUGUCAAACAACAAACUGAAUUCUCUACAUGAUGAUACAUUCUUGGGCCUGCACAGUCUACAUGUAUUGCGUCUUUCAAACAAUUCUAUCAGUGGCAUUAGGCCCAGGACUUUCCGUGACCUGCAGUACUUGGAAGAACUACGGCUUAGUUACAACAGAAUUCGAGCUCUGGGGGACAGGAUCUUUGAAGGGCUUGGUCAUCUAGAGGUUCUAGAGCUAGAGCACAAUCAAGUGCAGGAGGCACAAAUGGCUUGUUUCACAGGCCUGUCCAAUGUGGCUGUCAUCAACCUAUCUGGAAGCUGUUUUCAAAGUCUGCCAGACCACAUGUUUAAAGGUCUGUCAAGGCUUCACAGCCUACAUCUGGACAGAGGUUGCCUGACAAGGAUCACAGCUCCAGCUUUCACUGGGCUCUCCAGUUUAAAGAGGCUUUUCCUUCAACACAACAAUAUCUCUGUGGUGGAACAUCGGAGCUUUGUGGAUCUGGUAGGCCUACUGGGACUAGACUUAAGUUUCAAUAAGCUGGAGGUUCUUACAACCCCAACUUUUUCUGGCCUCAAGAAUUUGGAGUAUUUGCUGUUGUCCAACAAUGAAUGCCGACAGUUUUUGCAAAAUGGAACAAAGCAGCUGCUUCCAAAGCUUCGUUACCUGGACCUGAGGGAUAAUGCCUUGACCAGCAUGGUCCCCAAUUUUUCAGAGAGCAUGGAAAAACUUUUACUUUCAGGAAACCGGUGGAAAUGUGACUGCAUCGCACUUCCACUUAGAAGCUACAGUUUGCGGAAACCACGUGUGAUUCCUCGGCAAGUGGAGACCCACGCAGAGGGUGAAGAACCUGACUCAACUGUCACCAUACAUAACAAUAUCACAUGCAACAGUCCACUACGCCUCUCUGGUCAGGAUCUACGGGAUGUGGACAGUGAAUUCUUUCAGAGAUGCUAAGCAAGCAAAGACAUGUUUAAGAAAUUAAUUUAAUAAAUCUUUACCACACAUUUUGAGCAGUUUAAAUUAAUUCAGCUUGAUUAGAAAAUUUAAAAAUUUUGUUUUAACUAUCAACAUAGAAAUUUUUUGAUGCCUACAACAACUUCUUUUUGUUUCAAACAUAUUGAAGCAAGGGGUCAAGAAUAUUUUUUUAAGACCAACAAAUAAUUAUGUUAAAUUUUCAGCAAACAUUAUUUGUGGCAAUUCAGAUUGUAAGAUUAUUAGAGUGUGAUGAUGAACUACAAAGACCCAUAUUUUAUUUAGAGUUGCUUGAUAUGGACACAGGCUUGUUAUAGAUAUUAUUAAAAACAGAUAAAAAUGUGAUGUAUUAUGAACU